AUGUCCACGGGCGAUUCUGACAAGAAGCAGGUGACAUCGGAGGAGCAAAAGGGGCAGCAGCAGCAGCAGCUACAACAAGAGCCGGACCAGGCACAGCCAUCCUCACCACCAACACCUCCGCAACCGGGACCCAACACCAGCGACGAUCAUACCGGCAGCAGCACAGCCACGACCGACUCUCCAUCGCCACCCUCAGAUCAUCACGCCUCUUCUUUCGCAUCUGGCUCUCACACACCGUCCCAGAUAUCCGCCAACCUCGCCUCACUCCUCACCACCGCCCGCUCCACGGCGCAGCAACGCAUCUCGACGCUGCAGCCGCGCAUCAACCGCAAGAUCUCGGACCUCAACCAGCGCUGGAACGCCUACACCGGCUUCGAAUCCAUAAACGCUCUCAAGUCGGCCGUCAGCGACCUCGAGACGUCGCUCGCCGCAUCCCGCCGCGACCUGGCCGAGGCAAAGGCGCGCUACCUCUCGGCCGUCUCGACCCGCUCGGCGUCGCAGCGCGCCACAAACGACCUCCUCUCGCGUCGAGCCAGCUGGUCCGAGCAAGACCUCUCUGAGUACACCCGCCUCCUCCGCAGCGAGCACCAGCAGGCAAAGGAGGAGGAGAUGGCCGAAAAGAACCUCGACGAGCGAGAGAGGGAGGUCCAGAACCGCUUCGACGACCUCAUGAAGGGCGUCAUGACGCGCUACCACGAGGAGCAGAUCUGGAGCGAUCGUGUCAGGAGCGUUAGCACCUACGGCAGCAUCGCCGUCGUCGCCCUCAAUGCCCUCCUCUUUAUCCUGGCCAUCCUCAUCGUCGAGCCUUACAAGCGCAAGAGGCUGGCGCAGACCUUUGAGACGAGGCUGCUGCAGGGCGAGGAGCAGGGACGGCAGAUGGUCCAGCAGACGAUCCACGCCUUUGACGCCAAGGUCGAGAAGCUCGUCGACCAACUCGCCAUCGCCAUCAAGGGCGACGACCUCACCCGCGUCGACACCGCACCCGCACCCUCACCGGCGUCUCCGACGACGGUCUCGGCACCACCCGCCAUGGUCGAGGAAGACGAGGAAGGGCGCGAUGCGGCGUGGAGGAUGGAACAGAUGGAGACCAUCGAGAGGGACGUUGACGACUUCGUCUCGACGCAGCUAGAGGACUCAUCGGCGGCGGUCGGAGCGAUGACUUCGAUCGCAGAGGCGGCUACGAAGCAGCGGCAAGACCAGGAGCGAAAGAGGCAGGCCGAGCUCGUCGUCGCCUCGACGGCGGGCGUCGUGGCCGGCGCGCUCCUCUCCAUCGUGCUGGGCGCUUGCUGGACCGGCUAG